AUGUUGAAGUAUGUACAGUCUACAAACUCCCUUCUGAACGGUCAAGGCGCUGGAAACGGAAAGGCAGAAGGUCAGGACGACAAAGAGUAUGCGGGAUGCUCCGCUCUUGAUGCAGUUGUACACGCCGUCAGUUUGAUGGAGGAUGAUCCGCUAUUCAACUGUGGUCGCGGAAGUGUGUUUACUACUGCUGGAACGAUCGAAAUGGAAGCGUCCGUUAUGGUUUGCUCGGUCUUUCCGUCAUCAUCGUCCGACGUUAAGGAGGCUGAUCAGAUGCAUACUGCUCGGAUUAAACGUGGCGCGGGAGUCAUGAUGGUGAAAAAUGUGCGAAAUCCCAUCCGUUUAGCGAAACAGCUAUUACUUCGGACCGGGUACAGCGAAAGCGAUGGUAGCGGAGGGAAUAUGCAUCUUCAGCUUUGUGGGCCACAUGUGGAGAAGCUAGCGAAAGAUUGGGGUUUGGAAUUCAAACCAGAUGACUGGUUUUGGACGAAGAGGAGAUGGGAUGAGCAUCAGAGGGGCUUGCAAGGGUCGCGAGUGACGGCGACAAUUGACCACGAUGCCGAGCAGGAAUCGAUCUCUUGCCUAGCUAGUAGAGGGCUUGGUGAUGAACAGAAAAAGUACCUCAGCCAAGGCACCGUGGGCGCCGUUUGCCUUGAUCGAUGGGGUAAUAUCGCUGUCGCGACGAGCACGGGUGGUUUGACGAACAAACUCCCUGGCAGAAUCGGGGAUACGCCGACACUAGGAGCUGGAUUUUGGGCAGAGGAUUGGGAUUUACCCGACCAUCUUGGAUCGAACCACGAUGGUCGUGGCAGUCCCGGCCACCGUCGGGCCGUAGCAAUAUCCGGUACCGGAAAUGGGGAUUCAUUCCUUCGCAUAGCAGCUGCCCGGACGGCCAGUGCCAUGACGCGCUUUUUACCCUCACAUGUAUCUCUUUCUGAGGCCGUCACGUCUAUUUCCGGUCCCAAUGGCGAGUUGCAGCGUUCAGCCGGAGACAGAUGGGGUAAAACGGGAGAAGGAACGGGCGGAAUGAUUGGAAUCGAAGUCGAGUGGGAUGACCGUGAUAAGGAUGCUGACAAACGUGCAAAUUUGCGGAAAGGGAAAAUCGCAUUUGACUUCAAUGGUGGCGGCAUGUUUCGAGCUUGGAUAGAGGAGGGCCCUCAUGGAGAGGAUCAAGCGCGCAUGAUGGUGUUCAGGGACGAAUACCAAUAG